AUGCUCUUCAAAACUACUGUAAUUCUGCUGGUCUCUUGUUUCUUUACUCAAAUGUAAGUUGGGAUUUUUAUUGUAACCCAAAAUCAAUCAAUAAAUUUUCAUUUUCAGAUUCGCAUUUCGAGAUGAACUUGCUGAGAAAGAAAUAACUUCAAUAAUUCAAGAUUUGAAAAAGGGUUUGGAGCAGCGAACAAAUUCACAUUAUGAAGUUUUGCUCGAAAAUACUGCGAUUUAUAUUUUGGAGAAUCCAGAUAUCAAAUUGAUUUGUCAAGCUGAAGCAGCAAGGUGAGCUCUCUAGCCUCUCUAGCUUCUCUAACCCCUCUAAAUUUCCAGAGAAACUCCUCCCCCACCAUUGAGCCUCAGCAAACAUGCCCGCGUUCAAAUUCUCCUGGCAUUCUACGAGCCCGAUGCUCGUCUUCUUCGUGGACUCAAAGAUCAAAUUGAUGUCAAACUUCAAAAAGCGAUUGAGAAUCAAGAAUCCCUUCAGACAAUCGCCAAGCUGAUAUUGCACAAAGAUGUUCUGGAAACUGCUCAACAUUUGGCGGAUUUUAAGAGAUUUCUGAAAUUUUUGCAAGCUGGAAUUCGUGAUGUUUCUCCUCUCUCGAAAUCUAGCGGUUUUUAA